UUACGUUCAAUUUAACAUAAAAAGAAAUAAAAUGCAGAAGACUUCGCUGUUUGACAACAUUAAAUCUCAAAUACCAUCUAUUGAUGCUGAUGUACUAUAUUCGGAUCUCCUUAAAUCAGUAACACAGCCAUUUAUUGACGGAACUAAUGAUGACUUGAACAGCCAGAAGGAUUGCCUUACAUCUCAGCUUCCUGCAAAGCAUAAACAGCAUUCAACUGAAGCUUCAACUGUAGCAGAACUUGAAGAGUCUACUCCCAACUCAACUGAAAGAGAAAAUCUUACUAGUAAAACUGUGCAUCAUUCAAAAUUACUUAAUGAAAAACUGACUUUUGUGCAUCAGGAGAGUAGAAAACACCACACAGACUCUCAAGCUGCUGCAGUCCAGAACUCAUUAACUGAGUGUAGCAAAGUUGAAAAUGACAGCAUGCUCCAGACAACUGUAAAAGUCUACGAAAGUCAAUCUUUAGAAAAUACAGAGCAUCUUUAUACACGACCAUAUCCAGUUUUGUCUUUACAAACUUUAGAGAACUUGGAUCUGGAUCAGGUUCUUCAGUCUCUGAAACAACAUGGCUAUCCUAAAGAGACCACUAAAGAAGAAGGACAUGUGCUAUUUCAACCAUUUAAAAAUACAGGUAAUGGUAGAAAAAGAGAAAAUAAUAUAAUGGAGCAGUUGGCUGCUUUCUGCAAGAAACAGUCAUGUAACGAGACAGAAACACAGACAAUCAGUUCAGAUGAGAAACGUCUUCAGAGACCUUGUAAGAAGAAUUAUUCAACCACAAGGACACUUACUGGAAAGAGUUUAUUACUCCAAAAAAGACGAGAGGCUAACCGCAUCAAGACAGAGCGCAAUGUUGGAGAAACUGCUGAGGGUGGUGCUAAGCCUGAGAAGGAAAAGACCUCUAGAGUACCUGAGGAUUGUCAGGGAUGAGUGAAUUCAGCUUCUUUUAAACAGCAUCAGAUGAUAAAUUACAAACGGAUGCAUUGCAGGGCAUACAUAAACACAUUCACACCUUAACACACAUACACACACACAUGUAAGGGCAAUUUUAGUAUCUCCAAUUAAUUUGACUGCAUGUCUUUGGACUGUGGGAACCUAGAACCUUUUUUGCUGUGAGGCUACAGUGCUAUCCACCAAGCCACCAUGCCACCCCACCAGCAUUAUGUUAGCCUACAUUUGCUUUGAAAUCAACUCAGCUAAUCCAGUGUUUCUAAGGUAAGCCGUCUCAACGCUUAGUCUUAGAAAGAAUACUCAGUAUUUUGUUCUUCUAUUACAAAGUUACAAACUAUACGCCAGUUUCUUUUGUAAUAAAUGUGCCUUGGGUGCUGCUGCAACAAAAUAAUUUUCCUCGGGGAUCAAUAUAAUACUCUAUCCAUCCAUACAUAGAACAGUAUAACCACAUGAAUAAUAAUCCGUAAGUUUGUAUGAAUGAAUGUAUUAAAGAAAUAAAGAUUAACAAUU